AUGGAGAAAUCCAGACCCUUAUGGGACAAUCCCCUGCAGUUUGUUUUUGCCUGCAUUUCCUAUGCUGUGGGGCUGGGAAAUGUGUGGAGGUUUCCAUACUUAUGUCAGAUGUACGGAGGAGGUGGCUUUUUGAUCCCCUACCUCAUCAUGCUGAUUGCCGAGGGGAUGCCCCUGCUGUACUUGGAGCUGGCUGUGGGGCAGCGCAUGCGGCAGGGCAGCAUUGGCGCCUGGAAAAUAAUAAGUCCCUACCUCUGCGGUGUUGGAGUUGCCAGUGUUGUCGUCUCCUUCUUCCUCUCCAUGUACUACAAUGUGAUAAAUGCCUGGGCCUUCUGGUACCUCUUCCACUCCUUCCAGGACCCCCUGCCAUGGGCCACCUGCCCCCUCAACAGCAACCGCACGGGCUACGAGGAGGAGUGCGAGAAGACAUCGUCCACGCAGUACUUCUGGUACCGGCAGACCCUGAACAUCUCCCCGUCGCUGGAGGCCAGCGGCAGCGUGCAGUGGGAGCAGGCGCUGUGCCUGACGCUGGCCUGGCUCGUGGUUUACCUCUGCAUCCUCCGCGGCACCGCCUCCACCGGCAAGGUCGUCUAUGUGACAGCCUCUUUGCCAUACUGUGUUCUCAUCAUAUACCUCAUCAGAGGAUUAACUCUUCAUGGAGCUGUGAAUGGGCUCAUCUACAUGUUCACACCAAAGCUGGAGCAGCUGUCGAACCCCAAGACCUGGAUCAGCGCUGCCACGCAGAUCUUCUUCUCGCUGGGCCUUGGCUUCGGCAGCCUCAUCGCCUUUGCCAGCUACAACGAGCCCUCCAACAACUGCCAGAGACACGCCAUCAUCGUGUCCCUCAUCAACAGCACCACCUCCAUAUUUGCCAGCAUCGUCACUUUCUCCAUCUACGGCUUCAAGGCGACCUUUAACUAUGAGAGCUGUAUCAACAAGGUGAUCCUGCUGCUGCUAAAUGCUUUUGACCUGGAGGAAGGCUCUUUAACAGCAGACAACCUCAAUGAGAUGAAAGAUUACCUCAUGGCCACCUACCCACAGGAAUAUGCCCAAUUAGCACCACAGAUUAAAAACUGCAGCUUGGAAGCUGAGCUAGACACGGCUGUCCAGGGGACGGGACUGGCAUUUAUAGUCUAUUCGGAAGCGAUCAAAAACAUGGAGGUGCCCCAGCUGUACUCUGUGCUCUACUUCUUCAUGCUGCUGAUGCUGGGCAUUGGCAGCAUGCUGGGGAACACGGCUGCCAUCCUCACGCCACUGACCGACAGCAGGGUCAUUGCCUCCCGCUUUCCCAAGGAGGUGAUCUCAGGUGUUGUGUGUUUCAUGAAUUGUAUAAUUGGCCUGAUCUUCACCAUGGAGGCUGGAAAUUACUGGUUUGACAUCUUCAACGACUACGCAGCCACCCUCUCGCUGCUGCUCAUCGUGCUGGUGGAAACCAUCGCUGUGUGUUACAUCUAUGGGAUAAGGAGAUUUGAGAAAGAUCUUUACACCAUGAUUGGACGCAAGCCAAACUGGUAUUGGAAAAUUAUGUGGGCUUUUGUUAGUCCACUGCUUAUUAUAAGCCUAUUUAUUUUUUACCUCACCGACUACAUCCUCACAGGAACAUUGCAAUACCAAGCAUGGGAUGCCACACAGGGCCAGCUGGUGACCAAGGAUUACCCAGGCUAUGCCCUGGCAGUGAUCGGGCUGCUGGUGGCAUCAUCCACCAUGUGCAUACCCCUGGGAGCACUAGUGACUUUUAUAAGGAAGAGACUGAAGAGGGAACGAGUUUCAACUGUUGCAUGAAAUCUGACAGCUGGAUUUGGGAAGACCUUACCCCCGUCACCAGCGACUGGGCACUUCUGGAAGACAGCAGCAACCAUUAUUUGUAGCAGCUACUUAGAGAGUUGAGAAUGGUG